GGGUGAGUGUGUACAGCGAGCGGCUGCGGUGUCCGGCAGCCAGAGCAGCCACCGCGGAGGAGGGCCGCGCCUCCUCAGUCUCGCCCUUCCCGGCUGCGCUGCUUUCCCCAUCCCCCGAGGGAAGAGUAUGAAACUGGGCAGCGGCUUCCUGGGCGGCGGCGGCGGCGGCGGCGGCUCCUCCAAGAGGGCGGCCAUGGAGCCCACCUUCCCCCCCAGCAUGGUCAUGUUCAACCACCGCCUGCCGCCCGUCACCAGCUUCACCCGCCCGGCCGCGCCCCCCCAGCACUGUGGGCUCUCCUCUACCGUGACGACUGCAACGGCCGCCGACCCCCCCGCCCCGCCUCCCCACCCUCAGGGCAUGACUUUCAAGAAAGAGCCUGCGGCGGGGGGCUUCCCUCUCAGCGCCCCCUCCUCGGCCUCUUCCUCGCAGAGGAGCCCUUGGGGCUUUUUCCAGUCCCUGGUGAACAUCAAGCAAGAGAAGCCCAGCGACCAGGAAGAAGAGGACCACCACCACCAUCAUCACCACCACCACCACUACGGGGGCCUGUUUGGAAUAGCCGGUGAGGAGCGGCACCCAACUCUUGGCGGCACUGCUGUCAGCGGAGGAGCGGAAGGGGCCAACCAGAGUGUCAUCCAGGACCUCAGCCUUUUCCACCACUUGCACCACCAUCCCCACAGAGGAGAUUUGCUGCUGGGCAUCAGGACCGGUGGUGAGGUGGGGCCUGCUGGUUUGGACGAACACAAGCAUGAUGCCCAGGCCAGAAAGAUGAAGAGGCCAAAGUCGGAAUCUCAGGGAAUCAAAGCCAAGCGGAAGCCGAGCGCUUCGUCCAAACCCCUUGUGGCAGGAGAUGGAGAAGUUGCCAUGCUGUCCCCUAGCCAGAAACCACAUGUCUGUGAACACUGCAAUGCUGCUUUUAGGAGCUCUUAUCAUCUGCGCAGGCAUGUGCUCAUCCAUACCGGUGAGAGGCCUUUCCAGUGUAGCCAGUGCAGCAUGGGUUUCAUUCAGAAGUAUUUGCUACAGAGACACGAAAAGAUCCACAGCAGGGAGAAGCCGUUUGGGUGCGACCAGUGCAGUAUGAAGUUUAUCCAGAAGUAUCACAUGGAGAGACACAAGAGGACGCACAGCGGAGAAAAGCCAUACAAAUGUGAAACCUGUCAGCAGUAUUUUUCAAGGACUGAUAGACUGUUGAAGCACAGACGUACGUGUGGAGAAGCCAUAGGGAAAGCAGGUGCUGGAUUGGAUCCUGGGCCAUCAAACCAUAGCAUGGGCAACUUGUCUGUGCUGUCUCAGGGAAAUACAGGUUCAUCGAGGAGAAAAAGCAAAGCAAAAAGUAUAUCUACAGAAAACAAAGAACACAAACCGUGUCAUAAAAUAUCUGAGUCUCAGAUUGCAUCUAAUAUGACCUUGCAGAAUUAUGCAGUGGAGAUUCCUAUAGUGUCUUCCAGUAGUGGUUUAAUUGGCACUGGGAUAGAAGAGCUGCAGAAAAAGGUGCCAAAAUUAGUGUUUAAAAAAGGAAACAGGAAAGGUACAGACAAGAGUUAUCUUAAUUUUGUGUCACCUUUACCAGACCUUCUUGGUCAAAAACAAUUGUCUGGAAAACCAGGUGGCUCUCUUGGCCUAGUUGCAAAUACCAGUAUAGAUGCUAUUGGUCUUCUCCAAGCUGCAGGUGGUAAACCAGGUCAAAUAAGUAGCAAUUAUGAUGAUGCCAUGCAAUUUUCAAAGAAAAGAAGAUAUUUGCAAACUGCCAGCAGUAACAGUGCCUUUUCUAUAAAUGUUGGGCAUAUGGCCUCCCAACCGUCUGUUAUUCAGUCUGCAGGUGUCAGUGUUAUGGACGGUGAAACCCCGUUAUCUCUUAUUGACUCAUCAUCUCUAAAUGCUGACAUCAAAUCUUGUCAUGACAAAUCUGGUAUUCCUGAUGAAGUCUUGCAAAGUCUUCUAGAGCAGUAUGCUCACAAGUCAGAAGGCCAGAAGGAAGAUCCCUUCAGCAUUACUGAACAGCGAGUGGACUUGCAUGCCUCUGGAGAACAUACAGAGAUGGUUCAAGAAGAGAAUCUGAGCCCUGGCUCUCAGACUUCAAGUGACAAAGCAAGCAUGUUGCAAGAAUACUCAAAAUACCUCCAACAGGCUUUUGAAAGAACAACCAAUAGCACUGGUUUUGCUUUUGGACCCAGCUUCCAGUUUGUAAGUUUGUCUUCAAGCCUUCAUAACCAUACUUUGUUUCAAGACAAACAAAUGUACACUACAUCUCCACUUGAGUGUGGUUUCAGCCAAUCUGUUACCUCAGUGUUGCCAUCAGCAUUGCCAAAGCCUCCUUUUGGGAUGUUGCUUGGCUCUCAGCCUGGUUUUUAUUUAUCUGCUUUGGAGGCAACCCAUCAACAGUUGACUCCUUCGCAAGAACUAGAUGAUCUGAUAGACUCUCAGAAAAACAUAGAUGCUUCAUCAGGCUAUCAGUCUGCACCUCAAAAGUUGAAUAGCCAGAAGGAACAAAAAAACUUGGAAUCUUCAACAAGCUUUCCAAUACCAUCUCAGGAGCUAGCUAACCAGAUAGAUCCUCAGAAGGACCUAGAGCAUAGAGCAACAUACCAGAUAGAGACCUUUGCACAAGCAUUUGGUUCUCAGUUUAAGACGGGCAGCAGGGUGCCAAUGACUUUUAUUGCAAACUCUAAUGGGGAAGUGGACCAUAGAGUAAGGACUUCAGUAUCAGAUUUCUCAGGGUAUACAAAUAUAAUGUCUGAUGUAAGUGAGCCAUGUAGUACAAGAGUAAAAACCCCAACUAGCCAAAGUUAUCGGUAAGGUUCCAUGGGUGACUAGGCUUUGGGGUAGUCUUAAUGUAUUUCUUUUAUUUUGAUAACACUGCCAUUGGAAUGUUUCUAUGUGGUCCUAAUAACAAAAUAAUGUAAC